CUUUUUUUUUUGUGUGUGUUUAUAAAUGUCCAUUUUGGUCGAAGMAUUCAUAUUCUUGAAAUCCCUUCGCCUUCCUUCGCCAUGGAAGCUCAGAUCUUGCUCUCCAUCAUCUCUCAUGCAAGGAGCUCCAUUUUUGUCUGAGUUUCUAUAUUUAUCUCUCUAAAAACCCUUCAAGUUUAAGCAAGAACUGAUCUUAAUCUGCUGGUUUUCUUUAUUUUCUUAUAUAUAUUAUUAUGGGUUCAAUCAACUGGCUGGGGUUCUCUCUGUCCCCACAAGAUCAGCAACCGCCCUCCGAUCAUCCACACGGCGGCUCCGUCGCCUUCAACUCCGGCGACGUCGUCUCCGGCGUCUGCUUUUCCGACAACCCUCCUCUUCCUUCUUCCUAUGCCGUCUUCGAAGACUUCAACGACCGCCACACUACUCACUCUCAAGAUUGGAAUAGUAUGAAGGAUUUAGGGUCGACACAAAGCUCGGAUUUUUGUAUGCUAAUGGGGACAGCUUCGUGUAGUAGUGAAAGCAUAGAAACUCAGCACCAACCCAAGCUUGAAAAUUUCCUCGGCCGACACUCUUUCACCGACCACGACGCCGCCGYCUACACCAAUGUUUCCGGCAACUACAUGUUCCAAAACUGUUCUUUACAGCUUCCAUCUGAGGGAAGCGGCGGUGGCGGUGGUGGAAGAGCCAGCGCCGCCAACAACAGUAGCUCUAUUGGGUUAUCUAUGAUCAAGACGUGGCUGAGAAAUCAGCCGGCGCCGCCGCAGGCGGUGGGCAAGAGCGACGGAGAUCACGACGGCGCGCUUGGAGGGCUGCACCAUGGUGGUGCCAUUACAAACGCGCACACUUUAUCGCUCUCGAUGAACACCGGGCCGCCGCAGUCCGGCUCGGCGGCCUUGCCACUUCUCACGGCCAACGGCGGUGGAAGCGGCGGCGAAAGCUCCUCGUCCGACAACAAGCAACCCAAAUCCACGGCUACCGACGUGGAUGGCGAAAACGGCACCGUCGAAGCUGUCCCGAGAAAAUCCGUCGAUACAUUCGGACAAAGAACUUCCAUUUACCGCGGCGUAACCAGGCAUAGAUGGACAGGAAGAUAUGAAGCUCAUCUGUGGGACAACAGUUGUAGAAGAGAAGGACAAACUAGAAAAGGAAGACAAGUCUAUUUGGGAGGUUAUGACAAGGAAGAAAAGGCAGCAAGAGCCUACGAUUUAGCAGCACUCAAAUACUGGGGUACCACAACCACAACCAAUUUUCCAAUUAGUGAUUACGAAAAAGAGGUUGAAGACAUGAAGCACAUGACCAGGCAAGAGUUUGUUGCGUCUCUCAGAAGGAAGAGUAGCGGGUUUUCUCGAGGAGCUUCCAUUUAUCGUGGAGUAACAAGGCAUCACCAGCAUGGGAGAUGGCAAGCCAGGAUAGGGAGAGUUGCUGGGAAUAAAGAUCUCUACCUGGGAACUUUCAGUGAGUCCAUAAAUUUUUACUAA